CCUCUCCUCGCUUUUACCGUAGAGCACACUGGAUUGAACCAUUAGUGAACGGACAACCGGACUAUUCGGGCUCUGGAAAAAGGUUCGGGAAAAGCAGAAUUUGCUAUUUUCUUUUCAUUUGAAGGCUACAUUUCUCUGUAAGGACCCGUUGACAGCAGAGCCAGGAUGGAUGCUCACGGCAUAUUCUCACUUCUGUUGCUGUGUUCUGUCACUGAGCUGUGCGUGUUGGCGAGCCUUGAGGGGAAUGACUCCCAGCAGCACCAUACCCAGAACGUCUACCACGACAUCGGUGUCACCAGGAACACCAUAGUCACUGCUCAGUUUGAGUGCUAUCAGAAGAUCAUGAAAAACGACAAACACAACAAAAUAGGGCCAGUUUGUAACAGGACGUGGGAUGGCUGGCUGUGCUGGGAGGACACAGAGGCAGGCUUCACUACAAACCAACACUGUCCAGACUACUUCCAAGACUUUGACACAGCAGAAAUGGCGUCCAAAGUGUGCAGUGAAACGGGUAAUUGGUUUCUACACCCGGAGAGCAACAGGACAUGGACAAACUACACCAAAUGUACGGCAUACACCAGUGCAGGAAGAGUGACAGCGAUGAAUCUCUACUACCUGGUUCUGAUUGGACAUGGACUGUCGCUAACGUCAUUGUUCUUCUCAUUGGGAAUAUUUUUCCAUUUCAAGAGUCUAAGCUGCCAGAGGAUAACGCUCCACAAAAACCUAUUUUUUUCAUUUGUGUUGAACUCGGUCAUCACCAUCAUCUGGUUGACAGCGGUAGCUAACAACCAGGGACUAGUGCAGAGCAACCCUGUGAGCUGUAAGGUGAUCAUGUUUAUUCACCUGUACCUGUUUGGCUGUAACUACUUCUGGAUGCUGUGUGAGGGCAUCUACUUGCACACACUCAUCGUCGUGGCUGUGUGCGAGAAACAACACCUCAUGUGGUACUACCUGCUUGGAUGGGGAUUUCCACUCAUACCUGCAUUGAUACAUGCAAUAGCACGAAGCUACUACUACAAUGAUAAUUGUUGGAUCAGCUCAAACACUUCCCUCCUCUACAUUAUCCAUGGUCCCAUCUGUGCUGCCCUGCUGGUGAAUCUUUUCUUCCUGUUAAACAUUGUGCGUGUCCUCAUCACCAAACUGAAGGUGACCCAUCAAGCUGAAUCUAGCCUCUACAUGAAGGCUGUGAGAGCCACCCUGAUCCUCGUCCCUCUCCUGGGCAUCCAGUUUGUCUUGUUCCCCUACAAACCCCAGGGACGCUUCGCCUUGGAGAUCUACGACUAUAUUAUGAACAUCCUCAUGCACUACCAGGGUCUCCUGGUUGCCACCAUCUUCUGCUUCUUCAAUGGGGAGGUAAGACUUCAGCGGGAUAUUACGUGUUUGCGAAGGCACUGGAACCAGCAGAGGAUCCAGUUUGGCAGUAACUUUGCCCACGCAGAUGUCUUCCGCUCAGCCUCAUACGUGGCGUCAUCCCUGACGGAGGUGCAUCGCUGCUACAGCAUCGACGGGCACACCGAACACAUGAACGGCAAGAACAGCUACCACGACGUGGAGACGGUGACACCCACCAUACUCCGGUCGGACAACCCGUUUGCCUGAGACUGAAGGUGGGAAGUCGCGGGUCUUGGGUCUGUACAGUUACACAGUGGCAGUUCAACUUUCAGUUGAAAUGGCUGCAGACAAUUUGGAACUCUUUUCCCACCAUAUUCUAGAACAUUUUCUCAAACUUCUUGGCAGUCGCCUUCACAGCAAUUGGAUGAUGGUGAAAAAGUACAUGAACGUUUAUAGGGGGCACUACUCAGCCUCUUGAUCUGGUCAAUACAGUUACCUUCAACUGAUCCACUUUAACUUCACGAGGACGGAAUAGGCACUUAACUAGAGACACCUGUGUAAAGGAAUGGACACUACCUACACUACCUUAAGGGUUUUAGUGUAAGGAAUGGACACUACCUACACUACCUUAAGGGUUUUAGUGUAAGGAAUGGACACUACCUACACUACCUUAAGGGUUUUAGUGUAAGGAAUGGACACUACCUACACUACCUUAAGGGUUUUAGUGUAAGGAAUGGACACUACCUACACUACCUUAAGGGUUUUAGUGUAAGGAAUGGACACUACCUACACUACCUUAAGGGUUUUAGUGUAAGGAAUGGACACUACCUACACUACCUUAAGGGUUUUAGUGUAAAUCAAUCUUGCCGUUUCAUCCUGUGGACUGAAGGGCCUACGACUGUACAACAACCUCUGACCCAAGAGCCUGAGACUCUACAACAACUUCUGACCCAAGAGCCUGAGACUCUACAACAACCUCUGACCCAAGAGGAGUACAGUGCAAUGAACUUGUUGGGCCUUCUGGUGAUAUAAUUACUUCCAUUCUGUAAAGGACAAAGGAAACCUAAUGUAUAUGGACCUUAAGCACUGGAUUAUGUAUUAAGAUUGGCAGGCUCUUUAUGGCUCUCUUUAUGACAAGACAAGUAACUAAACGGCACAGUGGAUUUAUUUUGAUACAGUGUACAGUUACAAUUGUUUUAUUUUACAGCAAUUAGCAUUGAAUGUGUUAUCAUGUGUUGUUCUCUGUGGUUUGAAUUUGCAUGGUCAUUGAUGGCUACUUAUUUAUAACUAUGUUACAUUAGUACAAGAUGGACCACCCAUUAGAAUGUUAAUUUCCUGUCAGUGUAUUACCCUGUCCAGCGGUCUUCUCCCUUCUGUCUAGACUAGGGUUUAGUCCCUCUGUGGGAGUUUAUGUCUGGCACAUAAAAUGACCUUGGUUUUGCCUCAGUUUUAUCUGUCAUAGUUGAAUGUAUGUAAGUCUUGUUUAAGUAUAUAAGUAUUUUUUUUCAUAGAGUUGCUUCAUAUCCAAAUGCUGGAGAGAAUUCUGCUCACACGUGGAUACUUAAUGUGGAGGGAGAGAGAGGGUGA